CUCUUCAUUGAAAGAAAAAGAAUUCUUGACAAACAUUCAGUGAUUGGUUCACUUGUGAAUGCAGUCGCAGCCAGUCUUUUGUGUAUGGAAAUAUACAAGUGGAAUGUUUCCUAGACAUAGGUUUUCUUCACAGGCAGCAAACCCCGUCAAGAAAAAAACCAAAGAGUCCAAUCUACCUACUUCCAAGCCAGUAUUUGACUACUGGAUACCACCUCCUAAUCUGAAGUACCCCGUGCGUGCGGUAGAUCCCUCGAAGGUAACUCCAAGUGGUUGGGUUCCACCACAAGGGGGUUAUGAAAAUCUUCCUUUUAGAUUUUAUCGUUCCUCGGCAGGAAACAACCUACCUGUAUAUUUAGAACGAAAGCGGAAAACAAUUACCGCAGUUCGAAGAUUUCGUGGAGAUCAGGAGGCAAUUGCGGAAGAACUUCGGAAGAUUUGUCCAGGGUCGGAAGUAUAUCAUUGUGCUGGUAGUGUGGCUGUUGUGGGAGACCAUCGAGCAGCUAUUCAAGCCUGGCUGCUUGGUUUAGGAUUUUAGAAAAUUUCUUUAGAAUACUAUAAUCAUUUUGAUGUAUAAAAUGGAUUUCAAUAGUUGCUUCAUUAGUAUUAUGGACAUGA